CUUAAAACCUGCCUUAAACACUUCUGGUUUUGUAUUAACACACAAAUAUUAAAAAAUUAAAAUACAAAAAAUAGUCAAAAUUUGUUACCCUAUGUUUAUCUAAAUUUAAGUGGUAUCUUUUUGGAAUUCUAAAUUAAAAGUUGGCAUUACACAUUUACCGCAAAACUAAUCAUGUCUUUAAGAUUAACCGGUUUGUUCCAAUUGCAUAAUCCUCUGACGAGAUGCAUUCUUUCGAAAUCUAUGCGCUUGUCGCCGAUUUGUCAGUUUCGUCCAUAUGGUAAGAGCGGUGAUCCCCCAUUAAAGGAUUGCGCCACAUUUCAAAAGGAACUGGCCGAUGCCGCAAAGAAACAACGUCAGGAUAAGGAGAAGAAGGCAAUGGACAAAAUGAAGAAGAAAGUAGAUAAGUGUGUUGAGCAGCGAACUAGCAGUUUAUGUGAAAGUAUCGCGGGAAUGGACGAGAAGAACAAAAAGACCAUGGUAAGUAUAUUGGAGUGCAUGGUUGAUGGCAUCAAGAAGACGUGCUAUGAGAAGGAGCUGAAAAAAGUGUGCGAAGCCCGUGAUUUGAAAAAAAAAUGUGCUAUGCUUGCCAGCCAAAAAGAGGCAGAGGAACUAAUAGAAAGCUGUAAAAAAGAUACGAAAUCAUCAGAAUCGAAGGAUGCCGAAAAAUCUAAAAAAGAGGGCAACCAGGGUGCCAAGAAGGAUUCAGAAACGCAGGAUGAAAAGUCAGCAGACAAGAAGACUAAAUCCAAGCCAAAAGAGUGUGCCAGCAUGGGUAAAAAUUCAGCAGGCGAGAAGAAUGAGCCGAAAGAGGUUGACAAGAAGAAGGAUGUCAAAGAGCAGGACUCAAAAUCGGCAGGCAAAAAGAAAACGUCCAAGCCAAAUUCAGCAGGCGAGAAGGGUGCAGCCAAGCCGAAAGAGUGUGCCAAGAAGGAAGACAACAAGCAGGAUGUCAAAUCAUCAGGCGACAAAAAACAGUCCAAAGUGCAGGAGUCAAAAUCAGCAGGUGAGAAGAAUACAUCCAAGCCGAAAGAGUGUGGCAAGAUAGAUGCAAAAUCAGAAGGCGAGAAGAAUCAGUCCAAAGAGAAAGACACAAAUUCCGCAGGCGAGAAGAAUACAUCCAAGCCGAAAGAGUCUGGCAAAAAAGAUACCAAAGAGCAGGACACUAAAUCAACAGGUGAGAAGAGUACGUCCAAGCCAAAAGAGUGUGCCAAGAAGGGAGACAACAAGCAGGAUGGCAAAUCAGCUGGCGAGACAAACCAAUCAAAGCCGAAGGAGGGUCAAACAAAUGCAGAUGCAGAUCUAAAGAAAAAGUCCGAUCCCUUUGAAAAAAUCUGCCAAGACUUGGCCAAGAAGAACAAACAGCCUGAAGACGGAGAAAAGAAGUCGAAAUAUUUCCAAAAGUUGGAUAAAUGCAUAGAUUCGCAAUGGAAAGAUAUCUGCAAUAUUCGGAAGAAACUAAGCGAAGAAGAAAAGGCAAAACUCUCCGUCUUGCAUAAAUGUCUCGCUGAUAAGGUCAAGGAGCGUUGCAAGCGGAAGGUUCAAAAGGAUAUGUGCCGCGAAGCUGGAGGUGUAAGUAAGAAGAAGGGAUCCAAAAAGGAAAAAAAUAAUGAAAAGAAAGACGAGGCCUCGGCUUUAAAAGAAAAGUGCAAGAAACUUGAACAAGAAGAGAAAAAGGAAAGGGAAGAAAAGGCAUCAAGUGAAAGCGAAAUAGCUGCUCUUAAAGAAAAAUGUAAAGAAUUUGCUAAGAAAAGUGGCAAAGAUAACAAAAAUAAGGAUGAGAAAGACAAGAAAAACGACUCCUGCGACAACAAAGUUAAGGAUGAUAAAGAUCAACCUGCAAAGCAGGACAAAGCCGAGAAUCAGAAGAAUGAUAAAGGAAACGACAAAAAUAAUCAAAAGGAUCCAUGUGCCAAAAACAACUCAUCUACAUCCUCUGACAAAAAGCCUAAGGGUGAUCAGAAGGAACGUUCUGGUAGUUCAGUAAAGAGCGCCUCUUCCGACAAAAAUGCCAAGGCUGAUAAGAUUGCAUCUGCUAGUGGAGAUAAAAAAAAUCAACCUGCUAAGCUGGAGAAAGACGACAAGCAGCAAAAUGACAAAGGAAAGGAGAAAACUAGUCAGAAGGAUCCAUGUGCCAAAAAAGACAAAUCUGAUAUGUCCCCUGACAAAAAGCCUAAGGGUGAACAGAAAGAUCAUUCUGGCAACGCAGACAAGAGCGCCUCUUCCAACGAAAAAGGUAAGAAAGGACCCUCUGUAAAAGUUGCUUCUAAAUUCAGGAAUCCAUGCAAAGACAAAACCAAGAAAAAAAACGGUGAUAAAAUGGAUUCUUCUGGAAAGAAUAAUAACGGAAAAAGUCAAAAGAGUGACGAAAAGGAACUCAAAAGAAAGUGCGAAGAGGCUGCCCUAAAAGAGAGAUGCAAAAAACUUGUCGAAGAAGAGAAAAAGAAGAAAGCUGAAGAAGCCUUGAAGAAAAAGUGCGAAGAGGCCGCUCUAAAAGAGAAAUGUAAGAAUCUUGCUAAGAAAGAUAGCAAAAAUGAAAAGAGUACUUCUUUGGAUCAAAAACCCAAAGGUGGUGAUAAGAAUGCAUCUGCCAGUGGAGAUAAAAAUCAAAAUGCAAAGCAGGACAAAAGUGAGAAGCAGACCAAUGAAAUGGAAAAGAACAAAGCUAAUAAGAAAGAUCCAUGUGCCAAAAACGACAAAACAGCUUCGUCCGGCCCAAACGAAAAAGGUGGCAAAAAGGCGGCCGGCCCCUCUGAUAAAAAGUCUGAGAGUGAACAGAAGAAUCUUUCUGAAGACAAGACAAGAGCUACAAAGGAUUCUUCUAAAGAAGAUUUAAAGUAUACGCAUCCCUGUGCAAAGGACAAUAAUGGAAAAAGUCAAAAGAGUGACGAAAAGGAACUCAAAAAGAAGUGCGAAGAGGCUGCCCUAAAAGAGAGGUGCAAAAAACUUAUCGAAGAAGAGAAAAAGAAGAAAGAUGAAGAAGCCUUGAAGAAAAAGUGCGAAGAGGCCGCUCUAAAAGAGAAAUGUAAGAAUCUUGCUAAGAAAGAUAGCAAAAAUGAAAAAAAUACCUCUUUGAAUCAAAAAUCCAAAGGUGGUGAUAAGAAUGCAUCUGCUAAUGGAGAUAAAAAUAAUCAAAAGGCUAAGCAGGACAAAGGUGAGAAGCAGAAGAAUGACAAGUCAGUUAUGUCCUCUGAUAUAAAGGCCAAAGGUGAUCAGAAGCAACCUUCUGGCAGUGCAGCCAAAAACGCGUCUUCCGACCAAAAAGCCAAGGCUGUUACCGGAGAUAAGCAGGAUCAAGGUGAGAAGCAGAAGAAUGAAAAGGAAAAAACUAAUAAAGAUCCAUGUGCCAAAAAAGACAAAACAGCUUCGUCCGGUCCAAAAGUAAGAGAUGGCAAGAAGUCUGACUCCUCUGUUGAAAAGGGCAAGGGCGAAAAGAAGAACGCUUCUUCCAACGAAAAAAUCAAAAGUGGUAAGAAAGGCCCCUCUGUAAAGGUGUCUUCAAAAUACAGGAAUCCAUGCAAAGACAAGAACAAUAAGAAAGUAAAGGGUGAUAAAAAGGAUUCUUCUGCUAGCGGAGAGAAAGAGAAUGACGAGAAGGAUCUCAAACAAAAAUGCGAAAAGAUGGCCUUAAUAGAGAAAUGCAAAAAAUUUUUCGAAAAGGAGAAAAAGAAGGACGCUGAAAAAGCCUUAAAGAAAAAGUGCGAAGAGGCUGCUCUAAAGGAGAAAUGCAAGAAUCUUACCAAGAAAAAUAAAAAGGACAGCAAGGAAGAGAAAAAGAAAGAAGGUUCUGAGAUGAAAUCCCAAGGUGUUAAGAAGAGUCCUUCUGCAUGUGGAGAUCAGAAGGAGGAUAAUAAAGCAAAGCCAUAAAGAGACCUUCUACAAAGACGAUGAACUGGUUUUCAAUAUCCCGUGGUGAAAACAAGUAAAGAUAAUACAAUAAUACUUUUGUCAAUAUUGCAAAGGUCAAUAAACUAAAUGAAAGGAA